GGGAGUGGAGUGCGCGGUUGUCCGGGCGGCCAUUGCGGGUACAUUGUCCGAAACCGCGAAUGCAAUUGAGUGCUGAGUGCUACAUUAGUGAAAUCGAAGGAAAUCAAAGGUCAUCCUUAGAAGAAGGUGCUCCGUGUGAAGCCCGGGACGCGCACAAAACCCCGGCCCGAUGGCUGAAUCCGACAAACUUAAUAUUGACAACAUCAUAGCUCGGCUCUUGGAAGUGCGGGGAGCCAGGCCAGGAAAAAAUGUACAACUGACAGAAGGAGAAAUAAAAGGACUUUGCCUGAAAUCUCGUGAAAUCUUUUUAUCACAACCAAUUUUAUUAGAACUUGAAGCACCACUUAAAAUAUGUGGUGAUAUUCAUGGGCAAUAUUAUGAUUUACUCCGGCUAUUUGAAUAUGGUGGGUUUCCACCAGAGAGUAACUAUCUUUUUCUAGGAGAUUAUGUUGACAGAGGAAAACAGUCUUUGGAGACAAUUUGUCUCCUUCUUGCCUACAAAAUUAAAUAUCCUGAAAACUUCUUUUUACUUCGUGGAAAUCAUGAAUGUGCAUCCAUUAAUAGGAUAUAUGGAUUUUAUGAUGAAUGUAAACGACGUUACAAUAUUAAACUAUGGAAGACAUUUACGGAUUGUUUUAAUUGCUUACCUGUCGCAGCAAUAGUUGAUGAAAAAAUAUUUUGUUGCCAUGGUGGUCUUAGUCCAGAUCUCCAAAACAUGGAACAGAUCAGACGUAUUAUGCGACCAACUGAUGUACCUGAUCAAGGUUUAUUGUGUGAUUUGUUAUGGUCUGAUCCAGACAAAGAUACUAUGGGCUGGGGAGAAAAUGAUCGUGGUGUAUCAUUUACAUUUGGAGCUGAAGUUGUUGCCAAAUUUUUACAUAAGCAUGACUUUGACCUAAUAUGUCGUGCUCAUCAGGUAGUAGAAGAUGGCUAUGAAUUUUUUGCAAAACGACAAUUAGUUACCCUGUUCUCGGCACCAAACUAUUGUGGUGAAUUCGAUAAUGCUGGAGCUAUGAUGUCUGUAGAUGAAACUCUCAUGUGUAGUUUCCAAAUUCUAAAACCUGCUGACAAAAAGAAAUUAACAUACGGUGGCCUGAAUGCAAAUAGACCAGUAACGCCUCCACGAGGUGGUGGAAAUAACAAAAGCAAGAAGAAGUGAAAUCCUUAGAUUUGUUACUCAUCCCCUCUUCUUUUUUUUCUCUCUUUUGAAUGCAACCUUUAGAACUUUAAAAUAACUCCCUUAAAACCUACACAGUCUUUUAAGACAUUAAGAUCUUGUAAAAGAAAAGAUGUUAUUGUUAUUAUUUCUCCUAGUAUCGCAACUAUUAUUAUCAACGCUAUUAUUAUAUUAUUUUCAACUUUAUCAUGAAUUUCGCUCAUACAUUAAUGAUCACAUUUUAAGUAAA